GUUCUUUGCUAGGAACCGACGGCAUAGGGUCUCCCAGAGUAUAACCUCUGCAUCGUCUUCUUCUUCCUCACUUCUUCUUCUCCAGCAUAUACCCAGCCACUUCUACAGCAGAGAAAACCCACGAAAACCCUCGCCAACCACCUCUAAAAACCCACAUAUCUCACUCAUUUCUUCACCAUUUCACCUCAUUUUUGUCUUAAAAGUUUCUAUUUUCAAUAUCUAAUCCCAUACACUAAAAAAGUUUUGUUUUUUCACCCAUUUACACUGUACCCGAACCUAUUUUAAAAAAAAGUGGUGGUUUAACUCCGACCACCGCUUUUAGCGGAGAAAUCGUUCAAUCUCAACGUUCAUUAAGGUAUAAAUAUGAUUUCUGUUCAUUUUAUUAAUGUACAUUGGUAUUAUUUCAUUUUUGUAAAUUUUUUUUAGGAUUUUUUCAUUUUAUUGAUAUUAUAUUGUGUGUGCUAUAGGUGGCCGGAUUUUUGGUCGCAAUUUGUCGCCGGAUUGCGUUUAUAAGAUAUGGCCAACUCGAGUUCGGGAUCUGAUUCAGACCCAGAGGCAGAGUGUCCAACCACAAUACCUACACGAGGGCCGACGCAAAUGAAUGAAAUAUCCAAACUAAUGGAUCAGGGCAAAAGAGUGGCCCUCGAAGUUAAUGAUAAAGGUCAAUACUGUGGAAAAAGCUAUGCGAAGCUCGUAUCCACUCUAGGAGUCAGAUGUCGGCAGACAAUAGGGUUGGCUUAUAAAAACUGGAAAGAAGUCAACCCGACUCUGAAAAAUAAAGUUUGGAAAGACAUUCAGGUAAGCUAUUAUUUGUUAGAAUUUUGAUUUGUUUUUCUAUUACUCAAAAUGUUGAUUCUAACCGUGUUUGUUUUCCUUCAAAAUAGACGGGGUUCAUUGUGCCGGACACCUUCAAACAUGAUUGUCUCAUCCUAGCUGGGAAGUUAAUGAAAGACUUCAAGAAUAGGAUGACAAAAGACAUCAUAAUGCCCGCGUUGAAAGAGAAUGAUCUGGGACGACUGGCACAAGUCCCUGAAAAGCACCCCGAGAUCGACGCUGCUGAUUGGUGCAAAUUUGUUGAAAGUCGACUAACUCCUAAAUUUCUGGUACGCUAAUUAUAUUAACACUAAGAUAAACUCUUAAAUACAAGUACAUGUAUCUAAUGUAUUUUUUUGGCAUUGUAGGAAUUGAGUAAAGUGCAACGUGAACGUUCCUCAAAAAUUCAAUCCAGACAUCGAAGUGGUCGGAGUGGAAUGGUGAACGUACGGGAAGCUGUGAAAAAGGACCUCGAAGUUGCAGAUCCUCCCCGCCACCGUGUUUGGAUUAAAUCUCGCACCAAGAGUAGAAAACUUGUCACUGAUUACGACAAGGAAAUUGCCGAGAAGAUAGCUCAAUUAGAGGAGAAGCUUAGUCAGGGACAAAUUCAGGUCCAGGGCCAAAACGAUAUCCUCACGCAGGCGCUCGGGACACCAGAGCAUCCUGGACGUGUCAGGGCUGCUGGGUUCCUGACCAGGGCAUCUCAACUGUUCGGCAGGAAGAAAAGGGAAGUGUCUGAUGUUGUGGCUCGGCAAGCGAAGGAGAUUGAACAAUUAAAAGCCGAAGUCCAAUCCCUUAAGUUACGCGAAUAUAUGUCUUUGCGGUGGGAUGGAUGA